AUGUUUUUGUUGAACGCCGCCGCGGCCGUGCCCUUGAUCGGUUUCUUCUUACUGUUUGAUUUCUUAUACUUGUACUCGCCCAUCGAAUCGAUGGAAUCCGGUGUUAUCUUCAAAUCGUGCAAUGCUUGUCUGAUUUCGGAUUGUCACGUCAAAGAUAAUAGGCCGUGCUAUACCAGAUGGGCCGCCGAUUACAAUUUCACAUGUUUCUAUUGUAAGCCCGAAUUUGGCAACAAACAGUUCUUCACCGAAGAAGAUUGCUUGAAGGGCUGCACGGACGAGUCGAAGCAUUGCGUUUGCGACUUCUAUUGUUACAUGUGCGUCGCAAAAGAAGGCUUCGAUAAGGCCAAUUUCACGGGGUGCCUCGUUGACCCAAACGAGCAAAUAGACUGCAAAUAA